GGGGAACUGAGUGACACGGAGGUUGCUCAGGCUAUUUUAAAUUCAUCAAAGGCCCUUUCUGCGUUCUUCUCCUUUCCGUACCACACAUUCUGUAUCUUCUGCCAGCGCAUUCGGGCAAGACUUUCAGAAGGAAAGAGAGAAGAAAAAAUAAACAGAAAAUGGGUCGCAGGAAAAUCGAAAUCACAGCUAUCACUCACGAACGAAACCGUUCAGUUACUUUUCUCAAGCGCAAAGCCGGUCUUUUCAAGAAAGCGUACGAGUUGGGUGUACUUUGUAGCGUCGAUAUCGCUGUCGUCAUAUUCGAUAAUAAAAUCCACGCCGCACACCCCACAACAAAGCUUUACGAGUACUCUUCUUCCACUGCAAACCAUGGAGUGAAGGAGAUCGUGAAACGAUACCUCAAGUACUCUGGUGAUAAGGAUUCCAAAGGGCCGGGCGAUUUCGGGGAUGGUGGGAAGGUGGAUGUCGAUGAGGAUUUCAAGGAUUCCGAUGACGAGUCUGAAUCUGAGGAUGAGGUAAAGUUGAAGAAAAGAAAGAAAAACUCGCGCUCCAAACCGAAACCACGAAAACGCUCUCCAAGUUCUUCUCCAAGUUCCCUGACGCCUUCACCACAGCGCAGUCCAUCUCCAGUAUCGACACUAACACCUUCUCCUACAUCAGCAGAGACGUCGUCGCCGUCGUCGUCAAUGAUAGUACUCCCAAAAUCCACAAUACCGAUCCCGUUACAUCGCUCACAGGGCGGAGGAGGAUACAACCACAAUUUCAUGUCACUCCCUUUCCUUCGAGGUGCCCAAGCUCCCCCUUCUCCGCCCAAUACAGACCGUGAUGGAGAUGUGGAUCCGGAGACAUCUGUACAAACCUAUCGACAUAUAUUGUUACAACCACAACUCCAGCAACAGCAGAGAGAACAGCAACAUAGGAGUUAUGAAGAUCUCUUAUCGAUAUUCGGUAGGGGUGGGCCUGGUGCUAGUGCUGGACCAAGUUCGUCAUAUCCAAUUCCCAUUCCCGGUGCGGCCACAGGUGGUAGCUCGUAUUACCACCCAGGGUAUUCGACGAGUGCGUAUUCGUAUCCGUCACCACCGCCUCCUCACCAACUCUCAUUUCCGACAUUUCCACCGCCUGGACUCUCAUUUCCACCGUUGCAUCAGCAAUCGCAUUCGUUUGCUUCAAAUCCAAGUGUGAUGGACCCUCCUGGUCGGUACGAACACGAGGUACGAUGGCCUGGUUCACCCGCUACGUCUGCAUCGACAUCAUCAUCCGCUCAAACUCCAUCUCAGCAACGCUCGUGGUUAGAUUACCUCUCCGUCACAGGCACGAGUGGAGGAUCGCCACAUCCGUCGGGCCGUGGGCCUGGAGAUCCUCAACGUCAGGGUCAGAGUCACAGGGAUUUGGAGCUGUUGGGUGUGUUUUCUGGAUCUGGAUCUGGUGAGGGGAGUCCUCGAGAGCCGGCUCUUUAGGGGAGUACUUACUUACAUUCCGUUUUACUUCUUAAAUUAUACAGUACAAGUAAAUACCUUUUCUUUUGUAUUUGUAUCGGACGUGACUACGACCAUUAUCAUGGUAUUUUAGGUCAAUUGGUCUUGAACUU